AUGGCUGCUGCUGCCGCCGACGCCGCGCCCGCACUGGAAGGAGUGGACCAGGUGGCGUACCUCCUGUAUGCGGUGCCGGGGGCUCCCCUGUGGCACCAGCGCUGGAACUUGGGUCGGGUGGUGUCCUGUCCGAGUGACGCGAUCCUAGUCUCGCCGGACCACCAGGUGCAGUGCGAGGUAGUGGACGGGACGUCGCCCGACAUCAGCGCGGUGCGGUGGGCGCGCGCCCUCGCCCCCAGGCCGCCGGGCGUCGUGCGGGCCUACCGCUUCGCGAGCGCCCCGACUGCGGCGGAGGUGGCAGCCUGGCUCCCCGAGGCCCAGGCCGAGGCUCGGCGUUGCUUUGCUCGGCGCCACCCGGGCGUGGCCGUGCCGGCGCCCGUCUUCGAGGCGUGGCCCUGGGCUGCGCCGGGGGCGCCGGCUGCCGCCGCCGGGCCCGCCCCUCCCGCGGGGGCCCCCGCCGCCGGGCCGCCGGGCGGAGGAUGGGUCGUCGUGCCAGCGGGGGGCCCGCCGGCCGCCGCGGCGCCCGUCGCCCCGGCACCCGCGCCCCUGCCGGGCGGGGUGAUGCGCCGAGGAGGUGCGGCCGCGGGGGCUGCGCCGGCCGCGGGCGGCGGGGAGGCGGGCGGAGCGCCGGCGCCCGCGGGAGCGGCGCUCGCGGCGGCCGUGGUCGGGGGGGCCCGACCCCUGGUGCUGGCGGGAGGCGCUGGCGACGCCGCCCCCGCCCCCGUGGGGAACUGGCGCGUCGCCCAGGAGUGGAGGGGGUACCACUACGGCGAUGUGAUCAUCCCUCCAGCGGGCUUCGCUGGGGCGGGCACCCCCGCCCGCGGAGUCGUCUUGCUCGCAGACGGGUCGUCUCUCUUCGUCGAGUGGGUGGCCAUCGGUGACGAGUCGGACUUCGCCGACCGGGCGGUGGCGCCCGACUGUCGCCUACUGCCGGUCCGCCUCGACCGCGCUGGCAGGCCCUUCCGGACGCUCGAGAACCUCGUCGAGAGCUGCCGCCAGGAGCACCUCCCCGACUUCAUCGCGCCGAGGACGACCAUGUGGUGCCUCGAGCACCUCGCGGGCGAGGGCCGCUCUCUCGAGUCCCACUUCGAGCACUUCAAGAAGCUGUGCGGCCUCCAGGACUCCCAGUGGGGCAUGGAGGAGUACGCCAGUGUGAUCAGCUACCUGAAGGCGUUGCUCCAGCACGAUCAGGUGGACGCGUCCAACAUCCUGUCGGUGGAGAUGAUGUUCCGCCGGCUCCAGACGAUCGAGUACUGCUACAGCGACAAGUUGCGCGAGAGGACAGCGGGCUCCUCCGCGGGGAGGCUCACCGCCGACGAGCAGGCCGCCUUCGGGGCGACGGCCCGAGCCGAGUCGAGGCUCAUGGUGUCGCCCGCGCUGCUCGAGAGCGCCAAGCAGGAGCUGGAGCGGGACGCGUCGCUGGCCAAGAGCCUCCUGAAGGCGCGCGAGGCUCGGGAGUCGCUGGGCAAGCGGAGGCAGGGCCAGGGGAAGGACCAGGGGUCUGGUGGGGGGGAUCCUGACAUGACUGGGGAUGCUCGGCACGCCGUUGCGCCGCCGGGGAAUUUUGACAGGAACGUGGGGAGGGAUCUGCUACCCUUCCCCACGGAGCUGCUCAACUCGUCGGAGCCACCAGCACCUGGGCUCUCGCGAGUUUGCCGACAGAGAGUCGGCCGUCGGCAGCGUCGCCACGCCGACGUUCUUCGGUGCUUAGAAGGUCUCAACACGAUAUACGGCCGCCGUGAAGGGGUACCUGUACCUGCUGAUCUGAGCCUCGGGCAGCAGCGUAUGCUCGAUCACGUUGAGUCUUCUGUCUCUUUCCUGGGGCCUCCCCCAGAGGAUCUUUCGCAGGCGGCAGCCCUCCAGGCGCUGCGCCUCGGCCUCCCCUAUGACGCUGGGGGAGGCCCUGUGGGCUACGAAGCCUCCCGCCGGUUGGUCGAGGCUGGCGUAGCCGAGCUGACGCUUGAGCGACCUACCGAGGUGGUGGAUUGCUUCUUUGUAAAAAAGGGGGGCGGCAAGCAGCGGCUGGUCGUCGACUGUCGGCGGUCUAAUCAGCAUUUCGAGCCGCCCGCCCCUGUCAGCCUUGUCUCUGGCGACACUCUCUCCCAGGUGCAUGGCGACGACUCCCUCGAUCAGCCCGUGUUUAUUGGCCAGGUCGAUAUAAAAGACGCUUUCUAUCACAUGGAGCUCCCAGAGGGGCUCCGCCAGUACUUCGGGCUGCGAAGAAUUCGGGCCUCGUGGGCGGGCAUCUCUCAAGCGGUUGUUCGCGAACGCUUGGCAGGAGUGUCCCGGGCCCUCGUGUCUCGGGGGCUGCCGCUGCAUAAAGAGUCUGUCUCUUGCGAUCGGGCCAUCGUGCUGGGGUGGGAGAUCGAUUGCCUUCGGCGCACCUUCCGCCCGACCCCCGAGCGUGUCUGGAAGGCUCGUCUCGCCAUUCGGGGUCUUUUAGCACGGGCCUCGGUCUCUGGAGGGGACUUGGAGCGCCUUUUGGGCCAUCUGUGCUUCAUCGGCCUGUGUAGGCGAGAGUCGCUCAGCGUGUUCAAAUACUGCUACAGGUUCUGUGAGGCCGCGCGGAGAGGCCCAGCCCGGGGGCCUCGGGCCCUCUGGGCCUCGGCCAGAAAGGAGCUCGACGUCUGGGACCGUAUCGCCCCGCUCAUCUGGGUCAACACCUCUGCGGGUACCUGUCCAGACGUCGUCGUGGUGGACGCGUCGCCGUGGGGCCUGGGGGCCGUACGGGGGCGACCGCCGGUGGCCCUGGUCAAGGAGGCCUGCCGUCACUCGGAGCGUGCUGGGGCUCGGGAGGCGGCCCGGGAAGGGCGGCCUCCCCGCGAGCGCGCCUUCGCCGCGGCCGCUGCGCAGCUGCACGGGGGCGAGGGGGAGGCCGACAGGCGGAUCCUGAUGGAGCUCGUGCGGCCCCAGUCUCGACACCACCGUCCCGAAAGCGAGUUCGACCGCCGGCACACGAAGUCGUUCGAGGACGUCCCCCUGGACCUCUUGAGGGCUCCCUGGAGGGUGUGCGGGAGGCAGAGGUGGAAACGGGCCUCGACGUCUAUGCCGGCCCUGGAAGCGGAGGCGCUUUUGUACGGGGUGCGCCACCUCCUGAGGUCCGUCGCCAACUUGGGCUCGAGGCUGCUCGUGAUUGGGGACUCGAUCUCGGCCUCCCUGGCCGCCACGAAGGGACGGUCGUCUUGCGAUGGCAUGCUCUCGGUGACCCGCCGGCUGGGCGCCCUGCUGCUGGGGACCGGCAGCCUCCUACGGUCGCGCUGGAUCGCGUCGGAGCUCAACCCUGCGGACGGACCCUCGCGCGGCCGGCCGGCGCCGAGCGACCCGCUUGCCGGCCUGCGGCGCGAACUCGCGACCGCCGCCGGCGAGGGUCGCAAUGCUGGCGCGCGGCAGGUCCGACAGAUCGAGGACCCCCGCGGGCCGCCAGCCGCCGCCGCCCAGUGCGGGGCCCAGAUGAGCCUGCUUCGGAGGGCCUCGGUGUCGGCGAAGACGCAGGCCCAGUACUCCCUCUACCUGGCCGCCCUGCAGAGGUUCUGCGACUCCCGCGGGGACCACCCGAACACCGAGGAGGAGUGGGACAUCGCCACCGCGGGCCUGAUGGAGAUCAUGUUCAUGGAGGGCGGCUCGCUGAGCGCGGGCGAGAAGCUCUUGGCGUCGGUGCAGUGGGCCGAGCCGCGCCUCGGCAGGCUGGGGGGCGGGCGGAUGCCCGUCUGUCGACAGUGUCUGCGAGGCUGGCGCCGCGCUGCCCCCGCAGGGGGCCGCUGGCCCCUGCCCUACGACGUGGUGGCGCUGCUGGCGUGCUGGAUGAUCUGCCAGGGGCUGAGACCCCACGCGCUGGCCAUUCUCAUGAUGAUGGAGAUGUACUUGCGGCCAGGAGAGCCAUUCCUGCUACGGGGCCGCGACGUAGUGGCGGGGUCCCUCAGUGGAGCUCGCGAGUGGACCCCCACAUCGGUCUUGCUCCACCCGUUCGAGAUGCGGACCUCGUCCAAGAGCCAGGAGUUCGACCAGACGAUCGUCCUCGACCUCGACCGGCAGGCGGCGCUCGCAGACGCCCUGGUGCAGCUGGGGCUGGAGCGCGGCGUCGGGCCCUUGCUGGAUCUGACGCCCAGCGCCCUGCGCCGGGCCCUGGACGAGGCCGCGGCUGCCUGGCGCCUGGGGCCCCUCGGGCCGCUCGACGCCUACCGCUUCCGGCACGCGGGGGCGAGCGUCGACUUCGCGACCGGCGCCCGACGUCUGGAGGAGAUCCAGCGCCGCGGGCGGUGGCGGUCCGCGCGGAGCCUCCGCCGCUACGAGCACGGGGGGCGACUGGCCGACCUCUUGCGCCGCCUGCCGCCCGACGUGCAGCGGGCGGCCGCGGCGGCCGCUCAGGAGCUCCCCGACGCGCUGCGGGGGAGCUUCGCGGGCUCGGGCCACCUGUCCGAUGCCAUGGAGCGGGGAAAUGUCCCCACAUUGCGGUGGGACAUCCUGUACGGCCCCGCCUACGACCUGCGCGACCCCAGGAGCGCCCGCCUCAUUCGAGGCUGGAUACGGGCGGGGCUCGUCUGCGGCCUGCAUGCUGGCUUUCCUUGCGAGACCUUCUCGCGGGCGCGAGACCGCCCCAACGGGCCUCCGCGGCUCCGGUCCCAGGAGCACGUCUGGGGCCUGCCCAGUCUCCAUCCCGAGGGCGCCGAUUUCCAGAAGGUGAAGUGGGGCAACCUGUACGCGCGGCUCACGAUAUCCUUCUGCGUGCUGUGCUGCCAGUGUUUCGUCCCCUGGUCCGUCGAGAACCCCGCGCUGAGCUACGCGUGGCAGCUGCCGCCGAUGCUGUCCCUGCUCCAGCGCCGGCAGGUCACGACCCAGGUGAUCGAGUACUGCCGGUUCGGGACGCCCUGGAGGAAGAGCACCAGGAUUGCUGCGUUUCUCCUCGACUUGGCACCUUUGGCCAAGUUCAGAUGUACAGGGCCCGUCUGUGUCCUCACUGGGCAGCGGCAUCAAGAGCUGUCCGGCAAAGACGCAUCGGGCAGGUUCCGCACUAGAUUGGCGGAGGCAUAUCCUCGCAAGCUCUGCAGCACCCUCGCCAGAGCCUAUGCCGACGAGAAAGCCAGGCGUUCCGUCGAGCCCACCCGCGGCGGAGAGCUCCGGCUUGACGCGGGAUGUAGAAGAGGCAUCGGCCUCAAGUUCCAGAAUCCUUGUGGCAAGGGGGGAGGCAUGCCGCUCCAGCGGCGCCGCCGCGGCGCUGGGCCCCUGCUCCGCGGCGCCGCGGAGCAGCCGCUGGUGGCCGUCGAGACGGAGCUCCCGGCGGCCUCCUCGGCGGCCACCUGCGGCUACUCCGCGGAGAGGCUGCAGGUGCCGCGGCACCGGCAGCAGCUGGAGGCGCAGCCGCGCGGGGGGGCGUUGCCGCCGGCGCCCGAUGGCGAGCUCCUGCGGCGCUGGCGGCCCCCCUCGUGCGGCGGCCCCCCGUCAGAGGCCACCGAAAGCGAGGCCUCGUCCGAGUUCGGCGACCGCGACCGGGAGGAGGAGGAGGAGGAGGACUCGCGCGGGCGCCACCCCGACGCGCCGGGCACGCAGAAGAGGGCGGCGCCAGGCCUGGACCCCAUCGCGUCUCUGAACAAGGCAAACUGUGUGGCUUCUCUCUAUUUCAUGGGUUCCCAGACGCGUGGUGCGGUGGUGAUGUCCGAUUGCCUUCAAGCACAUUUCUGAGUCACAGGUACGGCGGUGCUCGUCACAGGUACUGAUGCGCCGACGGGGACCUCCAACCCCAUGUUUCUACAGGGUUCUAGCUACUUUGCUAGGGGUCCCCCUUCAGGCGAGGUCAUCAUCCUUAUUCAUGGGCUCCCAGAUGUGCCAUCAGUCGCACUCGCAGUCUGCCUCUUCGUGCACGUGUGUAUAGGAUGCGUGCGCCGCGCGGCUGCCAUGUGGGCCCAUGCCUGUCGAGGGGAGCUAAGAGCUCCCGAAGCGUCGUUUUGUGAUUUAGUUGGCGGAGGAGGAGAAAUCGUAUUCGCCACCCCCUUGGUGGCCCCUCGUGUACGAAGGCCUUACUCGUGCUCUGCGCUACCACGGAGUAGUUGAACUAUCGAGGGGCCGACCAAGGGGGAGGCCGCGUGGCCUUCUGUAGGGGACGGGGAGGGCACGGGAGGCGCAAGUGGUAAGGCGGGUGAAAUAAACCGUCGAGCGCCACCCCAAGCCUCCCCGUCCCCCAAAUUCGUGCUGAGCUCACUCGUCGUCCUGGCGGCGUGCUACCAGGGGCGAGCCUUGCCUUCCCUCUCUUCACAUCAUCUACGUCAUGUACUUCCUGUUGCUCUCCUUCUCUCGCGCGUAGCCCGUUCGAGCAGGAGGCCCUUGCCGGCCCUCGAGACCCGUGCGGGCUCGACGGUUGGCGUGAGCGUCCUUUCUGAGACGCAUGCUGGAGCUGGCGAAGGGCGUUGAUCCUGUUUUGGAGUCUACUUGUCCGUCGUGUGUACCCGCCAGCUCCAGGUUGCGCCUGCCUUGCCAGGAGGGUGUCCUCCAUACUGUGCUUGUGCUUUGCUUGCCACUGGGCGCUUGGCUAGGCUGCCUCCCGUGUGCGCGGGGAGGGGUCGCCUGGCCAGGCGCUCACUGACGCUACAGGCGGUGGACCGCCUCGGAGCUCGGCUAAGAAAAGAGG